AUGGAACUUUCUUUAGAGAAACGAUAUGAAAUUGUCUUUUUACGUGAGCACCCAGCUGGUCCAAAGUUUAGUUUUAGAUUUAUUGCUAAGCAGGUAUGUUGUAGUAAGUCUACAGUUAUUUAUUGGGUUAAAAGAUAUCAUGAAAAUCGGGACCUAAGUACUUCAGAAAGACUGGGGUGGUAUUAUGUAACAUCUGCGAAACAAGAUGAUAAGAUUGUAAAGAUGGCAGAGAAAGAACAUAAUAUAACAACCAUUCAAAUACAAGAAAAAAUGGAAGAAAGAGGUGUUGGGAUUAGUGUAGAAACAGUUUGGCAGUUUCCUGGUAGAAAAAAAGUGUUUCGUUCUGUUAAGUAUUCACCAAAAGUUUAUGUUUGGGGAUGUUUUUCUGCUUCUGGAUUUGAUAAGCUAUUUUGCUUUCAGAGAAAUAUUAAUGCUGAAUUUAUGUGUACUAUUUAUGAGCAGGGUCUUCUGGCUUCCAUCUCUAAACUUUUUGGUGAAGGUAACAUAGAUUAG